AAACAAAUGUAUAUUAUUAUUAUAGAAGAAAUUCUAUUCUGAAAUCAAAAAUUCUUUUCUUCAUUCUUUCGUAGUAUCUCCGAUUUCGAGAAAUGAACGGAGAUAACAAGAUCGAUGUUUAAUGUUAUCAGCAAGUAAUUAUCAUCAAAAAUAAAUAAUAACAAUAACAAAUACAUAAUUCUUUGAUUGGCUUUCACACAUAAAAUAAUUAUUAUUCAGUGGAUUUUUAGUAGAAAAAUAUUUACUCGUCAUUCAUUUUAUUUAAAUACUGUUAAAAUACUACCAAUUUCGCUAUGUCUGACAAAGCAAUGCUUGUUCUUGGUGAAGCUUCCGAAUCUGACGAUGAAGAUGUUCAACCAGAGAAUGACGGUAACAAUGGUAACGAAUUCAUGAGCUCCAGAAAUGGAAUCAAACAUCUGGAAUCUGAUGUGGAAUCCAAUACACGGAGUUCAGGUAGAAAAAAUCGCAGGCAUAAGGAACACUUUGCUACUCGAACUGACAACUAUAAAAUGUCAGAAGACACUUUACUACACAAGAAAUUAAAAGAGAAAAACAUGCAGUUUUACUCGAAUUUGACUACAUUUCCCAAACAGAUGUAUAUAAACGCCAUGAAUCAACUGAAUGAAACAGAUCAACAGUUAGUCAAAUCCCAAGAACUACUUCAGGAUACUGUAACAAAUUGGAAAUAUAUUGAACAAAAUUUGUCGUACAUAAAAAGAAAGAUGACAGACAUAUUGUCUGAAGAGUACAUUCCAAAAAUUAAAAUAUAAACCAUUGUUUUUAAAAGAAAUAUUGUAUUCAUAAAAAAAAAAUGGUCAAUA